AUGGCAUCAGGUGGAAACAGUGGCUUAAAAGAAGCCUUUGAUAAAUAUUCAAGAUUUGGUAAAACCGAAGCACAAUUAAAAGAAAAAGAUAUUCGAAUUGAUUCAAAAAAUAUUCAAAAAAUGAUGAAAGAUGCAGGUAUUGUUGAUGGAACAUAUCCAACACAAUUACUUGAUAAUGAUAUUUCUCGUGUUCUUGGAAAACUUACUAGUGGAGGAACAUAUGCAAAGGGACUUAAAACAUUUGAAUUACAAGGCUUCAAACAACUUAUUGAUCAAGUUGCUGCAUCAAAAAAAACAUCGUCUGAUCAAGUUAUUGCACAAAUCAAUUCUACAGGUGGACCAAGUUUAGCUGGUGUUACAGGUACUGCUAAUAGAGGUAUAACCGAUCGUAUGACUGAUGCAAGUCAAUAUACAGGUUCACACAAAGAACGUUUUGAUGUCGAAGGACAUGGUAAAGGAAAAGAUGGUCGUGUUGAUGCUGCUAAAAAUACGGGUUAUGUUGGCAAUUAUAAAGGAGAAGGUAGUUAUGAUAAAACGCAUUAA